AUGACUUAUUAUGUCUAUCUGAUGCUUGCUGCAUUCUUAGCUUCUCCAGCACAAGCUGAUGUUACGAAUGAAUUAAAGAAAUGCACUUCUGACAAAGACUGUGAAGGAGAUUACAUAUGCGAUGCAGAAGAAAAACUUUGCGUUUGUAAACUUGGCAAUGGCAGAGUAGACAUUUGCGAUACCGACCAGAAGUGUGUUAAAGGCAUUGGAUGUAAGUAUUUUUGCAAGGACGUCGAAUGUAAGCUUUAUACGGCAGACGGCUGCGACUACAAUAAUGGCUCAUGCGGGUGCGGCAUUAAUCCCCCCUGUACCGGAAUAGAUGUGUGCAGCAAUAGUGUUUGCAUACCUGAAUAUCAGGAACCUUGUGGGUGCGCAUCUAUCUGUGACAGUUGUGUAGAGCCUGAAAUACCAUCUGCCAACGCCGGAACUUCCACAGCAAGAAUCACUACUGCAACUACCACAAAACCGACCACUACUACAAGUACUACAAAACGGACCACUACUACAACUACUGCAAAACCGACUACUACUACAACUACUACAAAACGGACCACUACUACAACUACUACAAAACGGACUACUACUAAAACUACUGCAAAACCGACCACUACCACAUCUGGAUCCUGCAAAGAUGAUUCGCAAGGCUGUGCAAAAAAUCCAAAUAUAUGUACAGACUCUGCAUAUGCGGCGCUCGUGAAAAAAGUCUGUCGGAAGACUUGCAGAUUUUGCUAA